AUGGCAACCAUUGUUGUUAAACAAAUGGUUAAUCUUACAAAUGCUUUCAAAGAAUCAAAAGAAAAUAAUAUGGAUCUUUUAAAUAUACAAAAAGCUAUUUCAUCUUUUAUAUCAACAAAACUUUUUAUACACUCUCAAAAACAAGAUUAUAUUAGAAAAACAAAUUCAGCAAUUACAACAUCUAGUCAGCAAUCAGAUCUAGAUAAAAUCUCAAAUCUACAAAUAAUGGAAAUAAACGAGAAUGUUCCAAGUCCAAAUAUGGUGGAAUCAGACUUGAAAUAUUUCAAAGAGCUAUUUUCAAAAUUAAAAUUUUCAUAUAUUGAACAAGAAACAAAAGAACGAUAUCUUCGAGCAAUUUUAGAUGAUCCCAUUUUAGUUAUUGAAAAUAAAGAUAAUCUUGAACUUGAAAAAAAAAAUAUGGAGCUUAAAUCUCUGUUAAAAAAUACAAAAGAAAGUCUUAAUGCAACAUGUCAAAAUCUUGAACAAACCAUUUCCAAAGUUUGCAAUGAAUAUGAAAUAAUGAUUCAACAAGCUCUUGAAGCAAGUGAUAUGCUAAAAGAGAUCGAGAAAAUGGAAGCAGAAAUUGAAGAAUUAAAAGAUAAUGAACAAAAUGCAGAACAAAACCUUUCUCUUAAAGAUUCUCUUUCUCUUUUGUCAUCACAAACAGCAAAAUCAAUCAAGUUAAAAAAAGAUAUAAAAAAUUACCAAACUAUCUAUCAACAUAAAAAAAAACAACUAGAAGAAGCUACAGAAGAGAUAAGAAAAAGCGAAAAUGAAAAACAAUCCUGUGAAACUUUUGCAAAAGAGGCUCUUCAUACCAGAAACACCUUUAGUACAGAUAAUAGAUAUAAAAAAGAACAAACAUGUCUAUGGUACCAAUCCUUAUUGGAUCUUCAAACAUCUUUGUUUGAAAUAAAAAAUCUUAAACAAGAUAAUACAAAAGAACAUAUCUAUUUUACACUCAAAACACAUACGGGCGACAUAAAUAUUCAUAUCUGUUUUAAAGAUGGUCGAUUUCAUGAUAUUUAUACCGAUCCUCCUGUUCAUACGAAAGAUAUCCUUAUGGAAGCAAAAAAAAGAAACGAUCCGCUCUUUCUUAUCAACAAUAUUCUAUCAAAAGCAUAA